AUGGCACCUGCUGUUGGAGGUCCUGUUGGCUACACUCCUCCUGAGGGGGGCUGGGGCUGGGCUGUAGUGCUUGGUGCCUUCAUAUCUAUCGGUUUCUCCUACGCCUUCCCAAAGUCCAUUACUGUGUUUUUCAAGGAAAUUGAAGUGAUCUUCAAUGCCACCAGCAGUCAAGUGUCCUGGAUCUCUUCUAUCAUGCUCGCUGUCAUGUAUGGAGGAGGUCCUGUCAGCAGUAUCCUGGUCAACAAAUAUGGAAGUCGUCCUAUCAUGAUUUUAGGAGGCUGUCUGUCAGGAGCAGGGCUCAUCGCUGCCUCAUUUUGCAAUACCGUUGAGGGCUUAUACUUCUGUGUUGGUGUUGUGGGAGGUCUGGGACUCGCAUUUAAUCUCAACCCAGCUCUCACAAUGAUCGGCAAAUAUUUCUACAAAAAGCGUCCAAUUGCUAAUGGCAUCGCUAUGGCAGGAAGCCCGGUCUUCCUGUCAACUCUAGCUCCUCUAAACACAUGGUUCUUCGAUCAGUUUGGCUGGAGAGGGAGUUUCUUGAUCCUGGGUGGACUUUUGCUCAAUUGUUGUGUCGCAGGAUCACUCAUGAGACCCAUUGGGCCAAAACCCCAACCUGCUGUUAAGGCCGACAACAGUAACAGCCGAGCCAAAGAGCGAAAGACGGUGGUCGAGGUCAUCAAUGGUUUUAUCGAUCUGACACUCUUCAAGCACCGUGGCUUUUUGCUUUACCUUUUGGGGAAUGUGGUCAUGUUCUUCGGCCUCUUCUCUCCUCUUGUCUUCCUCAGUAAUUACGCCAAGAGCAAGCAAAUUCCCAGGGAGAAGGCAGCUUUUCUGCUCUCUAUUCUGGCAUUUGUUGAUAUGGUCGCACGGCCGUCAAUGGGAAUAGUCGCCAACACAAAAUGGGUGAGACCGAGGGUGCAGCACUUCUUCGCUGCUUCUAUUCUGCUCAAUGGUGUGUGCCACUUGCUUGCGCCUCUGUCCACAGACUACACCGGCUUUGUGAUUUAUGCCAUCUUCUUUGGGUUUGCUUUUGGAUGGUUGAGCUCGGUGCUGUUCGAGACCCUCAUGGAUCUCGUCGGGGCUCAGCGGUUCUCCAGUGCUGUCGGACUGGUGACAAUUGUGGAAUGUGGGCCGGUGUUACUGGGGCCUCCUUUACUAGGGAAGUUCAAUGACAUCUACCAUGACUACAAGUACACUUACAUGGGCUGUGGGAUUGUCCUGCUGAUCGGCAGCUUGUUUUUGUUUGUCGGAAUGGGCAUCAAUUACAAACUACUGGAAAGAGAAGCAAAAGAGGAGUCCAAGAAAGCCAAUCAGCAUGAUGACCCUGGAAAAGAGGUUGAAGAGGCAUUGAAAGCAGCUGAAGACAAUGCUGCAGAGGAGGCUGUGUGA